GUAACUCGCGAGGAGCCGAAGGAGGAGAUGGGCUUGUUUUUCGUGCAGCGCAAACGCGACAAACUACGCUUGAUCGCUGACGCGCGCGCCGCCAGCACUCAUUUUGCUGAGCCUGAGUACGCGAAGCUCGCCAGCCCCGGGUCCCUGGCGGCCAUCGAGCACCACGAGUCUGGAGCAGUGGGGUUCAGCGCAGGUGAUGUCGAGGUGUGCUUCUACCAGUACGAGCUGCCAGAGUGGCUGAGGGGCUACUUCGCGCUGUCGUCAGUGAAGGGGCAGUGCCUAUCUGUGGCAUGCGCCGGCGUCUCGGAUGCCAAGGCGCUCUACAUCGAUAACUUUGCCGUCGCCUCCGUAGACGGGGCGCGUGCCGAGGGGGCCGCGCGGGUCAUGCAGGAGGCCCUGGCGGAGCGCUGUGUGGUCAGCGCUGUCGAGGUCUGCUCCAGGGGCGCGGCCGAGCUGCUUGGCUGUGAGCUGGAUCGUCUGUCUGGCAGGUGGCGAGUUCGGCCCGAGCGUUUCUGGAGGCUGAUGGGGUCCCUGGACUACCUCCUCGACGCCGAGGGCCUCGAGGUGACUGGGCGCGAGCUGGAGCGCAUCCUGGGGCGCACCGUGGCCGCCUGCGUGCUGAGGCGGGAGUCUCUGGCCAUGCUCUCUGCGCGCUGCACUUUCGCGGAGACGUCGGUCCAGAAGCGCCAGCCGCUGGCGGCCAGUGUCCGGGCCGAGCUGGACUGGGCGCGGUCUCUCCUGCCGCGCGUCGUCGGCGACGCGCGCGAGAAGUGGUCGCCGACGGUCGCCGUCUGCGAUGCCUCGCCCUGGGGGUGCGGCGUCGUGGAGGCGGAGUGGGCUCUUGCUGAUGUCGUGGCCCGCGGGCGGCUCUCAGAGCGGGCUCGCUUCGGAGGGCCGCUGGCCGCGGCAGGGGCGCCCCGAGACAGGGCGCUUGAGGCCGAGAUCGUACGGGCGAGAUCGUGCAG